ACAUAGUUGAACUGAGCCAUAUCCAGGCUGUCAUGGAAGGAUUUUGAGGAUUGAGAGACAAUGGAAAUAAAUGGCCACAGUCAUGACAAAUAAAAAUGGCCGGACCCAGGCAUUUUAGAAGCAGAGUUUAUUUCCACCUAGUUAUGCCCUGCUGAUGUUGAAAACAUAAAUUACCUAGCAGCUCUCUGAAAAUGCAUGGCAAGAUAUGCUGCCAUCAUUCCCAUGGAUGAUCAAUAUUUACCUUCGGGAAGACUGUUCAAAGGUCACAAGAGAAUUAUGUUAGGAAUUCAGCCACAGUGUGAUGGGAGGCUAAGGGCGUCUAGAGAAUUCAGAAGUGAUAAAAGGUUCACACCAACACAGUUACUGGGUGCCCCACCCCCCACCCUCCCACCUUGGAACUUUAUUCUACUCACCUGAAUAUGUCAGGACUCAGGAGACAAGUUUGGGCUAGCUAAACUUAGCAAGCACUUAAAAAUAGGGGGACCUCAUGUCAAGGACUCUGCCUGUGUUCAUUUAGCCCUCCCGUCUUAAGACAUCAGGGUAUCACUUCUGUUUUCUAAGUGAGAAUUCUCAGGCGCCCUGGGUCUCAGGCUAGUGGGUGGCGGAACAGGAUAUAAACCCAGGGGGCAGACCCCAGGGCCCACCCUCUCAGCCACCCAGCUUUAGGGCUUACAUUCGGUGUCAUCUGCAUACAAAUGGUCAUUGAUAAGGGGACCACAGAGCUUGUUUCCAUCCCAACCGGGGCAGUUGGGGGAAGGGUCGCUUUCUUACGCAGCCAGAACCUCGGGGGCAAAUAGGGACAGUUGUUCACCGUGUUGAUGGAGCCUGAGAGAGUGGAUGAGUUCACUGAGGGAAAGAGUGUUGGAGAAGAGAGGAAGGAGCCGCGGAGCGGGCCUGGAGAAAGACUGACCUUUGGGGAUCGCCAGAGAAAGAAACGAAGCACACAGGGGGCGUGAGACGGAGAUUGGGGUGUCAGACUCUCCUGCAGGGUUUUAGAGCCAACAAUGCGACAGAGGGGUUAAGGACCCAGAAGUGGCCGCUGAAAGGAGCCACGAGGAAAUCGUUGAGGAUUGACUGACAAAACGUGCUUCUUGGCUGUGGUGGAGCUGGAAGCCAAAUUCAAGGAAAGGGAGGAGUGAGUGGGAGGCGAGGACCCAGACACAGCCCUUCAAACAACUUUGUCAAAAGUGGCCUUGAAGGGGAAGCAAAAGAUAGGACUGUCGUGGAGGUGGAGUUAAAGAAGUUUCCUUUCUUUUUGAAAGCAAGACACUAGAACGUGUUUAAGGCUUAAAAAAGGGAGGCAGCCCAAGGAGAGGGAAGGCAACGGAGAAGGCAAAUUCCCCUCUCUCCAGGGGCACAUCCUGGAGCAACGUGCCUGAGGAUGUAGGAGGACCAGCUACCUGCGCGGAGGGAUCGCCCUGACACCUGAGGAGUAAUAUGCGGCACUCAUGGUAUGUAACUUCUUCAACUGGAGGAAGUCACAUUUUUCCAUGUUCUUACUUGACCAUCGUCCUCAUUUACUCACCGCUAAGGUUGCCUCAUCAUUCUCCAGUGAUCGAACAUCCCGGCUGCCUCCAGGCAGAUGGUCGGCCCUCCGCAGGCUCUAGGAGUGAAAAGGAGCGAGGCCGUGCGCCCCGGGCGUCAUGGUCCACCUGUGGACGGCCGACGUGCAGCAGCUGCUCCACAACAAAUUCGUCGUCAUCCUGGGGGACUCUGUCCAGCGGGCUGUGUACAAGGACCUGGUGCUCCUGCUGCAGAAGAAUGACCUGCUCACUCUCAGCCAGCUCAAGGCCAAGGGGGAACACAGCUUCGAACAGGAUCGGCUGGUCUCCGGAGGCCAGCAGGGCCGCAUGCACAACGGCAUCCAGUACCGCGAGGUGCGUCAGUUUUGCUCCGACCACCACCUGGUGCGCUUCUACUUCCUGACGCGCGUGUACUCCGACUACCUCGAGGACAUCCUGGAGGAGCUGCAGUCGGGGGAGCACGCCCCGGAUUUGGUCAUCAUGAACUCCUGCCUCUGGGACCUUACCAGGUACGGGGAGGACUCCUGGCCGAGCUACCUGCGAAACCUGGAGAGCCUGUUUGGGCGCCUGCACCAUGUGCUGCCGGAGUCGUGCCUCUUUGUAUGGAACACGGCCAUGCCCGUGGGCGACAACAUCACCAGCGGCUUCAUUCCACCUGAGCUCCGGGCCACGGCCUCCCUCCACCUGAAAAUCCAGGUGAUUGAAGCCAACUUCUACAGCUCUGCUGAGGCCCAGAAGCAAGGCUUCGAUGUGCUGGACUUGCACUUCCACUUCCGCCGCCACACGGAGAAGUACCUGCAGCCAGACGGCGUGCACUGGAAUGAGUGCGCGCACCGGCACCUCUCUCAGCUGCUGCUGGCCCACGUGGCUGACGCCUGGGGGGUGAAGCUGCCCCAGCGCAACACAGUGAGCAAGUGGAUCAAGGGUGGCCCUGCGAGGGGAAGAGCUGGCGGGAGAUGGGACAGACAGCCCCAGGCCUUCCCUCCGCCCCGCCCUUUGCCUCCGCGGGGGCGUGGCCCCCUGCUCCCCUUGCCAGUUCCCCACUCAGUCCGUUUCCCAGUCCCGCCCCCACCACCUCAUCCCUUCCCCAAUCACCAGGUGAUGCCCCCGUUUGUGCCCUAUCGCCAAGAUGCCUGUUUUUCUUCAGAUCAUCAUUUUCAGGAGGAUCCGUUUUCCUUAAACCAUUUCCAUUCAGGUGCCUCCCCAUCUACCCAGACAGAAUUUGCCUUCGAGGCUGACUUUGUGUUUGGUCCUCAGCCGCCCAUGCCCCCCUUACCCCUACCCAGUCAGCAGUGCGCCCCCGUGGUCCAUAGGGGUUUUCCCCGGUAUCAUCCCCGUGGUCCGUACAUGCCCAGGAGAGGGCGGCCCAGGCCUUCAAGAAGAAGGGCCCCAGCCCAUCCAGAGCCAAAGCCUCAAUAGACUGACUUGAGCAUCUUCCCCCUUGUGCACAUGGACUGGACAGAUCGCCUGACUCACCAAACUGACUGGCCUUGUUAACUGAAGCCUUUGGUUCAUGCUUGGACCUCUUUUUGUGCAUUGCUGUUGACAGUGACGGCAGGGGAAGAACAGUCUGACCUGUUAUUAUUGACCAUGGCCUCUUCCUCCACUCUCUGGGAGUGACCACCAUUAUUCCUGCCUUUCCACGCCCUAUUCUCUGUCUUUUUGUAAAUAUAAAAUUGAAAUAAAGAAGUUGUUUCAGGA